ACAGCCGGAGCGCCGAGUGCGCGAGGGAAGAGUGACAGAAAAGUGUGAGAAGAAAAGGGAAAGAAGACAAGAAAAAGGAGAACAGGAGGCCGGUGCUGCCUGCUGUUCUAAUGGACCAUAUGGAUAUUUAACCAUCUGCCCGGGGAGCGCACAGACACCGCAGUCCAUGCCUCUGCCUUGCCAGGUCAUUGAUGGGAAAUCAACUGGAUCGGAUCACCCACCUCAACUACAGCGAGCUGCCCACGGGGGAUCCGUCCGGGCUGGAGAAGGACGAGUUACGGGUCGGUGUCGCCUAUUUCUUCUCUGACGAAGAGGAGGAGGUGGACGACCGCACUCCGUCCGACUGCGGCUUCACCAAGGACCACAGCCCGGCCGAGGAGGGACCCUUCUCCUUCAGCGAGGUGGAGUACUCCGCGUUCUGCUCCCAGGAAUGCAUCUUCUCCAAGCUCCGGGAGAACGAGGACUUGAAUGUGUACUCGGCCAAAACUUUGCUGACUAUGUGCAAACCGGGGGACCUGCUGGAGCUGGUGGCCACCGCGCAAGCCCCCCACUGGGCCAUUUACGAGCAGGAUGACCAGGUCAUUCACCUGCACAAAGGGGAAAUCCGCAAGGACAGCCUGCUGGAGCUCAGCAACGGCCGUCACGGAAGGAUAGUCAACAACCGGUACCGGUACCGGCCGCUCCCCCCUGACCUAGUGAUGCAGAACGCAGUGGGACACCUGGGCCUCAGCAGCGAGGAGAUAUGCUGGACCAACUCGGAAAGUUUCGCAGCCUGGUGCCGCUUUGGGAAACGGGAGUUCAAAGCCGGGGGAGAGGCGCACUCAGCUGAGCAGCAGUAUUUCCUCAAAGUGCAUCUGUCCGGCAGCGGGGUGCACACACUGGUCUUUCGCAGCCUGGAGGACAUGAUCCGAGAAAGGAGGCGAGUGGACGCCAGUGGAAUUCUCAAAGAGCUGUCUUUGGUUAACGGGGGCAAGGAGUGAUCAGGGAUUCCGUUUGAUAUCCCCCUCCUCCAACCCGCUCUCCGCCGCCUCCUCUCGCCAAAGCGCACGGACGCAUAGGCGCGCACAUACAACCCAACUCGCGCACACGCACCCAAGCACACAGACGCACACACAUACAAGGACCUGGUUUUGGACUAUCUGUAUGUCACAGAUGGACCCCGGGCUGCGUCUGGACCAGAGGCGCACUGUGGAAUUUCCAUCAAAUUGCAGAGUGUUGAAAACUGAAAGAGAGCGGCCAUAUAAACAGACAACGCCCCUUCAGAUUAGAAUUCGUGCAGCGUGGGACACGAUUUCUACAAAAACCCAUUGCCCCGAACAGAAAAAUCACCUUUACAACCCCCACAUAGCGCACACGGCUUGGUUUGGUUUUCUGUUUAAUUUCUGGGGAUAAUGGAAUGGGCCCCUUCUCUGCAUAGAGCGUCUGCUGCGGCAGACCAGACGGUGAGACCGGGAGAGGAGAGAUGGGGGGAAAGAUGAAAGAUAGGAUCUGGGAUGGCUCUCGAAAAGUCUCCCUUCUAUUUUUUUACUGUUAGCUUUAAGACCGGGACUGACCAUAACACAGAUCGGAACCUUAAGCCACUAACUCAUAGACCCUGACAGUUCCAGCUGGCUACGCAGUUGCCUAAAACAAACCAUUUGGCUUGUUCAAGCUCCCCUUUUGCCAUAUCAAGAGUAUUGCCAUUUCACAAUGCUGUCAUCCUGCUCCACAGCACUGGAUGUAUGUGUAAAUUGUAUUCAUAUUGAUUUCAAUUUGAGUCUUAUUUUUGUAUUUAAGUUUAGUGGAUUUAACCCUGAUCUCUUUUUGGUUCAAAAUAAAUGGAGGUUGAAAUAUGAAAAUAA